AUGUCUCUCACCUAUCUUCCAUUUCAUAAUCUAGCUCAUUGUCCUAAGUAAGUCAUAGAAUUUGUAUAAAACCCAGACUUGAAUCUCAAUGAUUUAAACACACUGAUAGAAUAAUUGAAAAUGCCAAAAAAUCAUCAAAAAGCAAUUCAAAGUAUGCAAAUUUUAGUCUCAAAGUAAGAAGAUUAUUUAUAGGAUGAUAAUACACUUCAAAAUCAAGAUGAAGAAGUCCAUUCUCCUAAAUUGAUUUUUAGGAAAGUUUAAUACUGA